CCAACACCAACAACAACAUGAGCCUCCCUCCUCAGACCACUCGUCGCUUAGUCAAGGAGAUCCGACAGAUCCAAUCAAACCCCCCAGACUGCGUCCGCAUCGAAGUCGAUGAAGCGGAUAUUCUCGCAAUCAAGGGCUGGGUGCAGGGUCCGCCUGGUACGCCCUUCGAGGGAGGCUUCUUCCUCGUCACUUUUGCUUUCACCAGCGAAUUCCCAGCUGUGCCGCCGCAAUGUCGCAUGCCAACAAAGAUCUUCCACCCAAACGUCUCCUCCUCCGGCGAGAUCUGCGUCUCAACCCUCAAGAAGGACUGGCAGCCGCACUACGGCAUCGCGCACAUCCUGACCACAGUCAAGUGCCUCCUCAUUUCACCCAACCCAGACUCAGCACUCAAUCCUGAAGCGGGGCGACUCCUUCAAGAAGCAUACGAUGACUAUGCCUCGACGGCCACUCUGUGGACAAGCGUGCACGCUGCCAAUCCCAGAAUUGCAGAACUAUUCGCGUCAGAGGAGCCAUCAGCACCAGCAUCAGCAUCAGGUGUAGAGGUAGCAGCAGCUGUACUCCCUCUUGGACAGAGCAGCCUCAAUACCGCUGCGCCUCCGCCAUCAGCUCCUGUCAGUAAGACGACCGCAGUCAAGAAAAGCGCGACUGGUGUCAAGCGGGGAGUCAAGAGAUUGUAGUUGAAUAUACCAUAUCUCAGAGUAGGGAAAGACAUCAAGACGUAUGUAGUCGACAAUGAUACCAUGUUGUUCUUCACCGG